GCAAAUAAUGAAAACAUGUUCAUGACGCAAAAUCACCCCAUCUCACGCGUUAUUUUGAUUGGUUAGUAAUCUAUGGUGUUACUGUUCUUCGUCCAGCUCACUUUGACAUGGAGAAUCUAGAAGGCUGGUCGAUUCCAGCCGCCGAAAGUGUAGUUGACCAUGGGAAUGAUUUUUUAUCAGGAAAUGACCUCAGUAAUGUAGCUCUUGAUGACAUCGAUGAUAUUGUCCAGUACAUGUUAUCUGACACAAACUCGUCAAAGAAUGACUUGUUUGAUGGUCAGCUGAAUUUGUUGAAGCCAGAUACAGAGGGGUUUGUAGAUUCUCAGCUUCUGUCAGAUCCUUUGAAACAGGAACUAUCUAUCGAUGAACAGUUUGAUUUGACCAAUUCAAGCAGUAGUUCAAGUGUGUUGCUGAAUGAUGCAAACUUUAGCAGUGAUAGUUUAAAUUGUCUGGAAGGUGUGGACUUAUUGGAUACAGGAGGUGGAGGUACACUUCAAUCUCCUCUUGUUAACAUCUCCCACUUUAAUGGUGCUCAACAGCUUCAACAGGCUGCAUUGAAACUUCAGAAACAAGCUCAACUUGUUCAACAACAAAAACAGUUGCUGGUACAACAACAGCAACAACAGCAGAAACAACAACAAGCUCGAUUGUUGCAACAACAAUUGAGAUUAAUUCUUCAACAGGCUGCUCAAAAGACUACCCCAGUUGUUGCACAGCCUCAGCCACAGGUUCAGCAGCAAGUCAGCUUACAGCAGCUGCAACAGCUUUUGCUGCAAUCUCAAGCUUUGAACCAGCCUGUUAUAUCUGCAAUUCCUGCUACGACAUCGUCAUCACCAUCAACACGAACUUCACAUAUCAUUAAAACACAGAAUGCUACCACCCAGUCACAAGUGGUAUCCUCAUCACCAACUAUCGUCACACUGUCCUCUCUCCCUCCAACCACCCUGACCCCUCAACAAACUGUCACUACCACCGUCCCUCAGGUUCAAACCGUUGUAACAAGUAUUCCAAUUCAGGUGGUUGAUAGUGAGAAAGUUCCCAUAAACCGCCUUAACAAUCCCAACAAAGGACCUAAGAAAGGAGAGAAGAGAACAUCUCAUAAUGCCAUCGAGAAGCGGUAUAGAUUGAGUAUAAAUGACAAAAUUACAGAACUUAAGGACUUGGUAGCAGGCACAGAGGCAAAGUUGAACAAAUCUGCUAUCUUGAAGAAGGCUAUUGACUACAUCAGGUUCUUGAUUAAUACAAACAACAGAUUGAAGCAAGAGAACAUGGCUCUCAAAUUGGCAGCAUCUAAACACUGUAAUAUUGAGGAUUUAAUAAAACAAACACCAUUAACUCCUCCAAGUUCUGAGAACGGAUCACCUAUUCAUAUUUCUCAAUUUGGAAGUGAUGGUGAAUCACCACCUGGUAGUCCCAUGUAUGAAUCAGACUCCCAGUCAGACUCCAGCGUUUCUGGAGGAAAUGUCAUGCUGACCAUGCGGGAUCAGACUAGGAUGGCAUUGUGCAUAUUCAUGUUUGCAGUCCUUGCAUUCAACCCUUUUGGAAUCCUUCUGGGAUCAAGUUCUAAUAGUGAUGGUUUUGCAGGCCAGCAUGCUGGCAGAACACUUAAAAAUGUGAAUGAUGGAGAAGCAAAUGGUUGGAUGGACUGGAUGUUCCCUUCUCUGUUGAUGUGGGUAUUGAAGGGUGUCAUCUGCAUUGGUGUGUUGGUACGACUUCUGAUCUUUGGAGAACCUGUAGUUAAGAAGGACACUGAAGCAGCAGUUUCUUUCUACAGACACAAGACUCAGGCUGAAGCUCAUUUAGAAAAGGGCAAUUUUUCAUGGGCAACAGAUCAGUUACGGAAAUGUUUAGCUGGUUUGGGAAGACCUUUGCCAACAUCAAAGCUUGAGCUGGUGUCUGGACUGUCAUGGAAUUUACUGAGACAGAUAUUUCACAGACUUGUUGGAAAGUGGUUGUUUAGCAGAGCUACAGCAGUCCGCAGUAAAGAAGACAUCAACAUGUCGGCCAAGAAUGCUGCCCUGGUUUAUCAUAGAUUGAACCAGCUUCAUUUGGCAGGUCAUAUUCCUGGAAGUAGUUGGUGGGGAGUGAAUCUCAGUUUGUGUGCCAUUAACAUGGCUGAAGCUGCAGGAGAUGCCCUUCCACUAUCACAGUUGGCCGAGAUUUAUGCUACGUGUGCAAUAAGAAUGCAGAGUAGUUUACCAUGGAAAAUGAAAUAUCUAUCUAAGUACUUGCUGAGUCGGGCCAGGAAAGCAUGUUUAACUAGUGGAGAUCGCCUACCACCCAGUAUCCAGUGGCUUUCUCAUCCAGAAGGUUAUAGAUUUUUUGUUGGUGGAAAAUGGACUCUAGGUGGACAAACUAGCCUCUUCACCACUCUUGGAUGCGAAGCUGAUCCUUUGGAGCAUGUUGCUCAGAUGUUUAGAGAAUACAUGUUGGAAAAAGCACUGUUUUCAUUGGUCAGUCCUGCCAGGAGCAAGGAAGGACCAACACAAUCUGCAGAAGUGUCGCUGUAUACACAGUUGCUUUCUGAUAGUGCAUCCUCUACCACCAAGCCAGUCAGCUUAUCAGGAGGAGGCAUCAGCACCAUCACAGGGGGUGAUGAAUUGGGACAGUGGUGGUCAGCUAUUGUUACUGUUGCCAUUGAAUGGUUAGUCGGAGAUGAAGAGAAUGUAGAAAACCAGUAUCCCAUGUGCGAUUCCUUCCCCCAGAAACUUCAAAAGUCCGAUGAUCCUCUGCCUAAAGCUGUCCUGGUCGCUUAUCGUGCAAGGAGAAAUUUGAUGAAUAAUACUCAUGGAUCCCCCCAUUGCAUUCGUCAGUGUGACAGAGCUGGUCGCUUGUUGAGAGAGAGUCUGAAGCUGUCAUAUGCCAAACAGAAUGAACAAAUUGUACAGCUUCUUCAGCUUCUUGUUUGUGACUGGCUGCUGACUACAAGGACAGAACUAUGGGAGAAAAACAGCAAAGAGGAAUCCAGCGUAACUUCGCAGACUGAAAUGAUAGCAUUUCAACAGGACCUGAACAGCUUGAGGAAACUAGCUCAAGUGCAUAAAAAUAUUUUGCCGAAGGUGUUCCUCCAUGAAGCUACAGCACGGCUGAUGGCUGGUGCUAGUCCUGCUAGAACUCAGCAACUUCUGGACAGAAGUAUUAGGAGGAGACAUACAAGUAAAAAUGACAAAGAAGAUGCUAACCACAUGGAAAGUGAGACAGCAGAUAGAGACCAGGCAAAAGCAUUACUGAUGGCAGGCAAACAUCUACCUGCAAAUAUGUUGCCAUGCAGUGAAGACAGAAUAGCUCUGAUUUCUGAAGCUAGUAAAAUGUACGAAUCCCUUGGGGACAAGAAAUCCUUACAGAACUGUCGACAGAUGAUCAUGCAGUUUGAGGACAAGGUGUCCCCGCCCCCAGUUUUAUGUUAAUGAAUGUUGACUGUGAUAUCCUUCAUUCUUCAUCAGUAUGAAAGAUUUAUUUAAUUUGUGAGACUUAAAAUUGUGAACGUUUUUUGUAGAUAUUGUGCUUGUGCAGUGUAUUUCAUCAUGAUCAUGGAAUCAAUUAGUAUUUUGGUUUUGAAAAUACAUACUGAAAUGAAA